AUGACGGCAGCCUCUUGCCGUUUGCCUGGUGGAGUAAGCGACUGCUCCGAAUUGUGGGAUUUAUUGAAAAGUGGAAGAAAUACAGCAUCCAGAAUUCCAGCUAACCGAAUCGCAAGCAGAGAUACUCUCAUCGAAGGGAAAGUGUACGGUGUUGCUGUAGAAGGCGGUAAUUUCAUUACUCAAGAUGUGUCAGGAUUCGAUCCUUCUUUUUUCAAUAUUUCUAUUAGUGAAGCAGAGAACAUGGAUCCUCAGCAUCGACUCCUGCUUGAGUGUGUUCAAGAAUGUAUCGAAAACGCUGGUCUGACGGACACGAGUAAUGUAGGUGUGUUUGUAGGCUUGAUGGGAACAGAAUAUCCAGAAAUGAUGAAAACCAAAGGGUCCAUUUCUUCUAUGCUCGGUUCCAUGUACGCUUUUGUCUCCGGGAGGAUCAGCUACAUAUUAGGUAGUCACGGACCCUCUAUGACAGUAGACACCGCUUGCAGUUCCUCUCUGGUUGCCGCAGAUCUCGCCAUCAGUGCUCUUAAGAAUGGAAGAUGUACGACUGCAAUAGUAGCCGGAGUGAAUCUAAUCCUAAGCGAAAAAGGUCAGGGUGUUCGAGCAAAUGGGAACAUGCUGUCACGUCAUGGGAAUUCACUGAGUUUCGACGCGAGCGCCUCUGGAUACGGACGCUCAGAUGGCUGCGUCGUGCUGAUGCUCGAGCAGAUGAAACCUGGCAAGAUUUACAUGUCUGAAGUUGUUGGCAUGAAUGUCAACCAUGGGGGAAGAAGUGUUUCGCUUACGACUCCAAAUCCUCAUUCUCAUCGAAUGUUGAUCAACAGUUUGCUCCGAGAUUGCAAAUGCGACGAUGUUCAGUACUGGGAAGCACACGGCACUGGUACCCCAGUAGGAGAUCUGCUUGAAAUCAAAGCGCUCUCAUCUACAUUCCAGAACAUAACUGUUGGAUCUGUAAAGGCUUCCAUUGGUCACGGUGAGGCUGCAGCAGGAGCAACAGCACUGCUCAAAUUAGCACUUAUGUUCAAAAACAACUACGUACCUCCUUUAGUCAACUUCCAUGUCACCAAUAGCAAAAUGGAAACGGGCUCCUUAGUAUUGCCAGUCGUGGGCGAGGAACGAAUUUUGGGGGAUUGUGGCAUGAGUUCAUUUGGUGUGAGCGGUACAAAUGCGGCGGCCAUUGUGAGAAGAACUGUAGGGAUAUCACCGAAUUUGAAGGCAUUGAGAAAGCAUUAUUUUGUACCGAUCAGCGCCAAGAAUAUGGAAUCCUUGAACAUGAUGCUCAAAGAAGUGAAGAAUUUCUUGCCCAAUUCUAACGAAAACAUGGAGGACAUUGCUGCAGCCUUUGCCUUCCAUAAAAAUCAUUAUAGCCAUCGUUGUGCUCUCAUUAUAGACAGGCGUGGUCGAGAAAGCGAAAAGUUAUUCGGAACUUACUAUAAAGAUAUGAAAACCGUAGCUCUUAUAUUAUCCGAUGCAAUUGUUUCGUAUGAUAUGCUCCAUAUCCCCGGCUUUGCGAAGCAUUUUGAUUCACUCCAUCGGGAAAGAAUUCUAUCCGAUAAGGACGAGCUUACAAUAUGCUUUAUCCGCCUCGCUGCAGAUGUUUUCGGGUCAGCAGAGAUUCUUUCCUCGAACAACUAG